AUGGCCAUCCGCCGGAACCGUGUGGCCCUGAAGGGCAACAUCGAAACCAACCAUAAUCUGCCGCCAUCCCACAAAUCCCGAAACAACAUUCUUCGCACCAGCCUAGAUCUCUAUGCCAAUGUCAUCCACUGUAAGAGCCUGCCAGGCGUGGUGACCCGGCACAAGGACAUAGACAUUCUCAUUGUCCGGGAGAACACGGAGGGCGAGUACAGCAGCCUGGAGCAUGAGAGUGUGGCGGGAGUGGUGGAGAGCCUGAAGAUCAUCACCAAGGCCAGGCGCAAGAAAGUGACGGCUGUGCACAAGGCCAACAUCAUGAAACUGGGCGAUGGGCUCUUCCUGCAGUGCUGCAGGGAGGUGGCAGCUGGCUACCCCCAGAUCACCUUUGAGAACAUGAUUGUGGACAACACCACCAUGCAGCUGGUGUCCCGGCCCCAGCAAUUUGAUGUCAUGGUGAUGCCCAAUCUCUAUGGCAACAUUGUCAACAACGUCUGCGCGGGAUUGGUCGGAGGCCCAGGCCUUGUGGCUGGGGCCAACUAUGGCCAUGUGUACGCAGUGUUCGAAACGGCUACGAGGAACACUGGCAAGAGUAUCGCCAACAAGAACAUCGCCAACCCCACAGCCACCCUGCUGGCCAGCUGCAUGAUGCUGGACCACCUCAUGCUGCACUCCUACGCCACCUCCAUCCGUAAGGCUGUCCUGGCGUCCAUGGACAAUGAGAAUAUGCACACUCCAGACAUUGGGGGCCAGGGCACAACAUCUGAGGCCAUCCAGGACAUC